GUGGCGCUCUCAGACGUGUUUUGAGGCACUCAGAGGGAACACUGAAACAUAGUGCGUGAUUCGGAGUUUUGCUGGAUCUCUUGUAUAUCAGAACCCUUUCUCGCUCAGUGACAGUGGAUACAGGCGCGUCUGGGAUACAGUGCCGAAACGGAGCUUGGAUUAGUGACGGGACUGACUGACUUCCUUCGUGUACUUUGGAAAGAAGAAGAUUAGUAAACGACAAUAGGGACGAUGCUGCCUUUCGAUAGCAUUCCGACGAGUAUCCGGAGAUGCAUCCAUUACUUCAUAUUCACCACGGCAGCCAUCAUCGUGGCCGUAGGCCUACUGAUUAUGCAGAGGAAGAAAGGGAAGGUAGGAGAUUAUAUCGUCGUCACUGGAGUCGUUGUCCUCAUGAUCGGUAUCCUACUCCUGUCGAAGGAAUACCGCGGCAGGGGCGCUCCCUCCCUGCCGACACGGACGCAGGCGUCGACGGAACAGCAGUCGCAGCCGCCCCGGAACGAUCCUCCGCCAUCCUACAGCGACACCUGGAGGGAAUCCUACCUGCAGGAUCAGGAGAAGAAGGCGGAAUUAGAUCCUCCGCCACCCGCCUACAGGGAGUCCUGGAGCAAAGGAUUGUGGAAAAAAUAUUUUCAGAGUGGGAGAAUCGGCUGCGACAACCACCUGUGCGAACUGAACGCUUCAACCCUGCCACAAGACGUUGAGAACACAGCCUCUCUCCCCCACUCCCAAACCGGACAAUGUUUCCCAAGAUCCUUCAUCCCUCCAAGAAAACGAGUGCGCGCCGCCGAUAACUCCCGUUCUAGUCCCACCUGCCGGAGAGGGAUCUCAGACUUCUGCUGUGUCCUCGGAGAACAGAGCCCCUGGUUUGGAAAGGAGGGCAUCCUUCGCGAGCACAUCUACCGCGUCGGAGAGUUCGGAAAGAGUUCGACAGCGCUCUUGUUCCGUUACUCAACUCUCUUCGAUGUUUGAGAAUACGCCAGUUCAGGGACCUGAGCUUCCGACGAUUAGUAGAGGGGACGGUGGCGCGAGCAUUAUAGAGCCGUCGGAGUUUGUUUACGUUUACGAAAGUGGUAGGCACUGGGUGGUAGACAAUUGAAAGAGGAUGUCGCAGAAUGGUAUAAUAAUCCAUUAAUAUAAAAUUUAUCACCUGUUACGAAGAGAGGAACAUCAUGUUGGAAGGCACGAUGGAAAUGGAAGUGCGGGGUAGAAGGAAGAAGAGAACACCAAAAACGACAUGAGAUGGCGUGAUUGUGUAGGGCAAGGUAUUCUUUAGACCUUGGUGUAGAGGAGGAUAUGUUAAGAAAAAGUAUUAACGAGAACGAUGCACAGGACUGAAAUCGAUGGAAACGACUCAUUCACAACGGCGACCCCAUAUAAAAAUGGGUUAAAGCUGGGGGAAGAAGAAGAAGAUAAAAUGAAUCACAAAGUGGACAGAUAACUAUGUUCAGGCGCCAAUACCAGACAGAAUACGCCAGAUGCAGUCAUAUGCGUAAUUUGAAUGGAUUCUUUAAAAUAGAUACAACAUUCAAACGGGACGUCUGAGGAUAUGCUUUUAAAUACUGUCAACUGGAAUAUGACCCAAGGUAACGAUCCCCGAGGUGAAUAUCAGGAUAGGCUCAUUAGUCAGAAGUCCGAAGGAACUUGAUGCCUUUUACGAAUGUCAAGAGAAUCACUGCUUUGGUGUGAUAUCCACGCACGUGCUAGCUGAUCUGCUGGCAUAUUUAUUGCUUUUUAUCCAACCCCUCCAAAAAAAAGGACUAUACAAACUAAGGACCAAUGUUUUGAAUGCUAGGCCUAUGUGCCGGUAAAUGUCCCCAGCUCAUGGAAGGCUUUGAAAAGAUAGAAUUAGAGCUACCGGUAUCAAUGCCUACAACUACAUUUUAUAGUUAUAUUUAACAGUCAUUUAUGUUUUUCUAUUGCACCAUUCGUUUUUAGCUGGAAAAAGAACCAGACGCUCAAUAUUUAUGAGAGAAUUUCUGUUAAAAGAAAUUUCCUAAGUAUGAUGAAUGACUACGAGAUAGUCUUAGUAGUACCUUCACUUCUAGAUACAGUUUCGAGAGAAUUUUUUGAACAAAUGAGAUCGUUUUAAGGAAGUUGCAAUACCUUGUCCCUCACCUUUAUGCGCUAAUAAAGAGUGAGCUGACAAAGUCAAUUGCCAAUUACUGCUUGAUGGGGAGAACUUUCAUUAUAUACACGUAAUUAUAAGGAGACCCCUGUAACACUACAGGGUACUGUUUCUAGUCAUAAGCAACUGAUUUACGCACUUUUCUACACCUGUUGAUCUACGUAGUGUCGUGACGCAGCAUCUUUUUGGUCACGAUUUCGACAUAGUAGAUUCUGUGAGCCUAUAAUAUUAUGUUAUGGCGAAAGUGACCAAGAUAUGUGAAACUCAAAAGGUAGAAGCUGUAAAAACCUCAGACAUUCAUUAAAAUAUUUUUUUAUUACAGUCUAUACAUUCGCAGCGAGAUUUAAUUUUCACUCUCUGAGCACUUCGGGAGAUUGAAUUUCAUUCUCUGGUAGUGAAUUUCACUCUUUGGACACGUUAGGAGAUUGAAUUUCAUUCUCUUGACAUGUUAGGAGACUGAAUUGCACUCUCCUGACAUGUUAGGUGAUUGCAUUUCACUCUGGACAUGUCAGGAGAUUGAAUUUCACUCCCUGGACAUAUCAGGAGGCUGAACUUCACUCUCUGGACGGGCCAGGAGAUUGAAUUUCACUUUCUGGACACAUCAGGAGAUUGUUAUUUCACUCUCUGGAUACGUCAGGAGGUUGAAUUUCAUUAUCUUGAUGUGUUAGGAGACUGAAUUUCACUGGACGUCAGGAGAUUGAAUUUACUCUCGGGACAUGUCAGGUUAUUGGAUUGCACUCUGGUCACGUCAAGAGAGACUGAAUUUCACUUUCUGGACACGUCAGGAGACUGAAUUUCACUCUCGGAACAUGUCAAGAGAUUGAUCUUCACUCCCUGGACAUUUCAAGAGAAUGGAAUAUAAGUACAAUUAUUGUCUUCCACCUGUGCAGUUGAAUUAUAAAAGGGAGUAUGAGUUCAAUCACGAUGAAAGUUCAAUAAGGAAAAUAAUCUCAAUUAUUGACAUUGAAUUUUUUCGUGGGUUAUCUUUUACGUAAGAUAACGUCUGACCUUCAAACCAUAAAGUGAUAUGAAAUAACUCAAUUUUAGUAUUAAUUACUCUAGUCGUGAGUAUGUAGUAAUUCUAUAGCCUGAAUUAUUAUAGAAAUAAAAUAGUCAGUAACGUCGUAUCUCGAGAAAUAAGUUUUGCACGACUUAAUCUGUACCUUUCUAUUUGUUUAUGUAUACAUACAUUUAUAUAUGCUCGAACUAUCAUAUUUAUAUUUGUAGUAAAUGCAUAAAGUUAACCAUUAUUUUUCCACCUUAUGACUAUUAAAGAGACGGUACUAUAUCCAUCUUUCCAUGUUUUCAUUUCAGGAGAUUCUUAACCGUUCCCUUGAUCAACUUUUCGGUGCAACUCUGGCUUGUUAUCUACGCGUCACCUACUCAAGAGGUGCUAGUACUAAACACCGUAUGGUAAAUAUAAAGUAGAUGGCCGCAUGAACACAUCGUUUAUUAAAACAAUUUGUCGACCACACAAUAUAGAAAUGGGUGUAUAUAAUACUUUGAUCCCGGAGGGGGGGUCCCAAGGAACUUCCGCAAUGUUUAGUACCAAAGUAUAUAGAAUGGGGAGUCUCCCUUAUUCUAUAUACUUUGUUUAGUACUAGGACCUCGGAGUAGGUGACGCGUAGGUCAAGCCAAAGUCGCACCAACUUUUCUGGCAUCUCAGCCACGGGUUCCUUGCCGUCGUAUCACAUAUCUGAAGUCUGUAUCAUACACCGGCCUCAGAGGAAAAAAAAAAAAAAAAAAAGGUCAGGCAAGAGCCCUUAGAUGUGAUAAUCCUAUGCAGCAUAAAAAUUCAAUGGUAGAAAAAGGCUUGCAAAUCCUACCUAGGCUACGUGGGGCUCACUAAAAAGAAAAAAAAAAAUCCGUAUGUUGAACUACCCUACACUGACAACAGGUGGCCUUUAUUACAGAGGAUUUAGUCAAUGAAAUAAUUCUAUUUAACUUAUCUGUAAAAUGAAGCACAAGUCUCUCACACAGACAUCCCGGUCCAUGCACGGAUACACGCGAUGGUUUUAGUGCACCUGCCUUGAAAAUAGACCUAAAGAAACUUCAUCCUAGGCUUUAAAAAACUAUAGUGUUAGACACGUUCGUCAGCUGUACAAAAAGGAAGCCUACAUUUGACACCAUCAAUAUACCGUUGGUCGUUACAGGGAUGGGUGGCACGGGCCGCCGAAAUUAUGCCAAGGCAGUUGAAACAAAUGUGUCCAUCACUGCAAGGUAAGGCGAUGGGUCACAGUGAGGCCAAGAACUCCAAAAAGGGGAAGGUGGGUUUAAGAGUUCUAAAUCGAUUGAUGACGUAUGAAAUAUGAUUUGAUACCAUAUAGUACUAGCUCGCAUAUAAGAAAACCAAUAAAGAUUUUUCAUAUACGCAUCAUCAAUUCUAUUUUAUCAUCACCAUGGGUUUCCUUUCACAAAUUAGUCAUGCUCCAUGGUGCUUUAUUUCACCUAAAAUAACUAUCAUACUCUUGAUGUACUAAAGAUGAUUUUUUAAAGCUGUCUCUGAGCUGCUAUUACAAAGGGAUCUGAAAUAACGUGCUGUCUGCUCGUUCUAAAAAGAAAGAUUAUUCUAUCACUAACUAUUUCAUUCCCGUACGAAACAUACUGACGUACUUCUACAUGAAUACAUAUGUAGAUGUAUAUAUGAAUUAUAUGAAUGUAUACAGCAACCACGAAUCGUCAUAACGAGACAAUAAUAGACAAAUAAAUCAUACCAGCCAAAUACUUCAUCGAUAACGUUAAGAAUUCGAGCUUAAAUUUCAAUUGGCUCUGUACAUUCGAUGACGAUCUAAUACUGAUAAAAAUGAGAACGUUCAAGAAUAAUUCAAAAUUACAUGGCUAACGGUGUAUUCUUAUGGUAAUUUAGACUUCUAUAAAAUAAAUCAACGAAGAUAAACUACAUUCUUUGCAAAAUGUGCGCUGCUGCGGAGUUAGAAUACUUAGAAAAAUUUAACUCAAACGAACAAAGAUGGCGGCGGCAACUGUAAACACGUUUCGAUGGUGGUUCGUAAUUUCGCCUCGAGCUUAUUUCUGACGAAUUUGUGCAUUAUUUUUCGAUGUGCGUGAAUAUCACAAUUAUCUUUGCGUUCAGUGUAUGACGUACCCAAGGCGGUGUGUACCGCAGCAUCAAAAGAAUUGAGGUAGGCGUCAUUUUCAUUGCUGUUUGGUAACUCGAGUUGUGGUUACUGUUGCGUUUCCGCAACGGUAACUUUUUUUUUUUGUGUGUGUGGUUGCUAUGUUGGUCUGCAGUUGCAGUACACAUGCUAUUUUUAGUUAGUUAUUAAGAAUAUCGGUUAUAAUGCUUUUACAAUAUGAGCGUUUUUGAAAAGUUAGCUUGAUUGAUAUUUAUCUUGUUAGCUUAGGCCUACUACUAUACUGCACCUUUUUGGACACCCUCUACAUUAAGACAGAAAUUGUUCCCGCCAUGGCUUCGCUUUCAACAAACUGAACGUAUUUUAAUUACAAUUUGGAGUGAAUUAAGAGCAAAAUGUAUAUAAUUACAAUCAAAUAAGCACUGUGGAGUUUCAGUUGUGAUGGCAGUAAGGAUAAAACCACCGAUGACAAAAUAAAAAUGCAUUUCAGUUCAAACCACGACCCCAGGGAAUGAGACGUCUCAUACUUUCACUAAUAUAGGCAACAAAAUUUUUUAUUGUGCUGAUUACAUCUGCAAUCUUCAGCAAUAUCAAUAAACGUUACACACACGCUAAUAUUGUUCAAAUGAACGCUGGGAAGGACGUGGUCUCGAUGCCGGAGACGAAAGGGACCGGAUGCUAGUAGACGCCAUAUUGGAUUUAAAAACCGCCUUAAAAACAUUUUACGAUGACCUCACAUGCUUAUUUUCGUUCGUGUGGGGCUUUCAUAUAUCCCAUUAUGUUGACGAAACUUCAAUCUUUUGAAUGGUAUGCUUAAAGAUGCAAUUGUAUUCGUGUUCCACCAAUUAAAUAUCGAGUGAAAGAGGGUGACCACCGUGAGUAAGAUGAACUCAAGGCGGUUUUUUCCCUGCGUAAAAGCCACAUUCGUCGAUAAAAUAAUGACUUGGUAAACCAAAUGGUUCUAGAAAAGCACAUCAUUCUGUCUACAAUAAUGUGGAUUAGCCUAAGAAAGUAUUAUCCUUAAAACCGAUACAUCAACAUAAAGAUGUUGACGUUGAAAUUAUAAAUUUGUUUAGAACCUAGUAAUAUCAUCAGCCUGACGUAUAAUCUAAUACAAAAGUUUCUUCUUGGUCUCAGUAGUAGUGAAAAAGGCCGUUCAUCUAGGUUAGCCUAACCUAACUCAGUCUUAUAUAGUAAAGGCUAGCCUAUUGUAAAUAUGUUAGGCAACUAUACCUCCAUGGUUUAACCUCACAGCGUAGGUUAAAAUUUUUGCGGUCGAUCCACUGCUGGGUGUUAUACAUAUUUAGCACUUGAACAAAUAAAAUAAAGUUUUGAACUAGGUCUGCCGGCAAAGUUAAACAAACCCCGAGUUCCAGCAACAUAACUUUUUUGUCUUCUUGACGUUGGUGACUUGGUGUUUUGUUAAGACGAUUCCGUUUAACAACUGAGAAGUGCCUAUUAGCCAGUAAGGACUAAGGAGAGUAUGCGAAUAUUAAAGACUUCCAUUUAUCGAUCUUUCAUAACUUUGGAUGAUCGGAAUGCUGGGGGGAGAGUAAAAUGGCCUUUGGUGAUGUACAGUCAAUGUUCAAGUGCAGGAUUGUCAUCAGUCUAUCAUUUUCAUUUCAUUUGUCAUUUUUCCAUCUAGCCAUACUUUCAUUUCAGCGCUGAAUGAUCUUAUAGUUCCCAGCGCAUGGGCUAUGCCCUAAAUUCCAUAAUCCAUCCAUUUAUCGCGAACGAAUCUUGGUUGCUUGCAAGCUUUGAAUAAUAUCAAUUGACAGUUUACCUUACGUGAAGACAUUUUAUGUACGAGAAAAGGCUAUAAUGAUGGAAAACUUUAAUCCUUUUUCUUUACCGGGAUGAUUUCACCAUUGUCGAGGUUCCAGAUAUGAUUUUGUCAGGAAAUACUUCGAGAUGUGCGUUUUGUAAGAAAUGCCUUGGAAAUGUUAAUUGAAGACUCGUUUUUGAAAGAGCUAUCGUUAUCAUGUGUAGGUCGUCUGUGUUGGUUGGGAAAGAGAUCAGAGGUUCGCAUUAAGCCUACCGAUCUGUUUUGUCCCUUGCCGGCAUAAUCGAAACCAACCAACAAUUA